AACCGCUCCCCCAAGGCGGCGUCCUUACCGUCCGAACUGUCAGCCUGCCUAUCUCCUCGGCACGUGUAGCUGCUGGCUCAGACUGACAAGGGCCUGUGGGAUUCUCAACAUGGAGACAGAAUCUCGCUGCUGAAGGAAUAUCAGUGAGGCAUAUCUAGCCCCGCCUGCCUUGAUGUGAAAGCAGUCCUGAGCCAACUUAUAUAAACAGUCAGAUGCUCCCCAGAUGAUGAACCAGCCUCAGUGUGGGAGCCUUUCAGGACCAGGAGACAAGAGAAAUGCUGCUCACAGGGCCACAAAGGAAAAGGCUGCAGCCUGACCGGGCUCACGCUCAAUCAUAGCAACUGGCUGGAAGCUGCAAGUUCUAAGUAGCUGUUCCAUCAUCGCUCCAAUCACUUGAUACUGGUCUGAACCAAGUUUCCUUUCAUCUUUACAUUGGUGAGACUGAAAUCAUGCCUGAUGAUGAGAGGUCCAUGAAGCAGCAGUGAGCCACCACUGUGGAGGUGGGAGUGGGAGUUAGUGACCAAGUGACAGGAUGGGAGUAAUGACCAGACUUCCUGCUGAUGACUCAGCUCUACCAAGGCACUAUACCCGGGUAGGCAAAGUCAGGCUCUGAGGAUUUAGUGAAACCUUAAUUCCACCUGUGGGCGUUUUCAAUUCUGUCGCUGAGCACCUCAUUUGUUUCGGUCACUGGGCUAUGUGCCCAAGAUACAAAGGAGAUAAGACCCAGUACCCACCUGCCAUCCAGUGGGGAAACAGGACAACUCAUCGUUGGAACGUCUUUGCAUAGCCCCAUCCUGGAAGAAGCUCUGUGAUGUGUGGAUCGUGAGUUUGCUCAAGCAAAUUUGACUCUUUACAAGGAAUUUCUAGAUUUGAGGACUAGGAUGGAAGAGCCAGCACCAGUAGAAGGCCAGGGCCAGCUCCCAAGCCCCCACCAGGGCUCUCUAAGGAAAGCCAUGGCAGCUGCCCUGGCCCUUGAUGGGGAAUCCACACUGGGUCGCAGGAAAAAGAAGAAGAAAGAGUCCCGCCCAGAAUCUAUUAUCAUCUACCGGUCAGAGAGUGAGAAACUGGAUGAGGAGCCUGGGGAAUUAGAAGGUAGAGAUCAGCCUAAAGAGGAGGAGGGAGAUGAUUUCCUAGAGUAUCCUUCGGAUGAUGGUAUGUGGAACAUGCCUGUGGACAGCCGCUAUGUCACAUUAACUGGGACCAUCACCCGAGGGAAGAAAAAGGGGCAGAUGGUGGACAUCCAUGUCACGUUGACAGAGAAGGAGCUGCAGGAACUCACCAAGCCUAAAGUGUCUUCAAGGGAAAUGACACCUGAAGGCAGAAAGGCCUGCCAGCUGGGAGCAGACCGUGGACCCCACGUGGUCCUCUGGACACUGGUCUGCCUGCCUGUGGUUUUCAUCCUCUCCUUCGUGGUCUCUUUCUACUAUGGCACCAUCACCUGGUACAAUAUCUUUCUUGUGUACAACGAGGAGAGGACCUUCUGGCACAAGAUCUCAUGUUGCCCCUGCCUCAUUCUCUUCUAUCCAGUGCUCAUCAUGGCCAUGGCCUCUUCCCUGGGCCUCUACGCUGCCGUGGUCCAGCUCUCAUGGUCCUGGGGAGCAUGGUGGCAAGCUGCCCGGGACAUGGAGAAAGGCUUCUGUGGCUGGCUGUGCAGCAAGCUGGGUCUGGAAGACUGUUCUCCCUACAGCAUUGUGGAGCUGCUUGAAUCUGACAAUAUCUCAGGCAAUCUGUCCAACAAGGAUGCCACCCAAGAGGUAGAAACAUCCACUGUCUAAACUCCCAACAACUUACUUGAUUCUCUGGUCUCAGUAGCCUGUAUAUAAUCUUCCAAUUUCAGAAUAUUCCUUCUUUAAAUUAUUCCUCCCCCUACUUCCCCCAUACAUAGUUCUUCUGGAAAAUUUUAGCCCCCACACUGAUCUGUCCUACCAUCUUGUUGGUUUCUAGGAGGGCAGGAAACAGAAAAACAAUUUGUGCCCAAAGAGUCCAUCCAAUGGAUAAACUCUUCUUCAUUCCUUGCCCUAAGAUGACCAUUUUUCUGAGACAAGGGAGCUCAGGUGUGUGUUAGUUCAGGAGCUUGGAGGUGUUCCUGGUGCCUGGAACCCAGGGGAGAUGUGACUAAAUGUGACAGGGAGAAUAAGGAGGCUCAAGGGAGACCAAGUCCACCAAUAAGAUAAUAGAUAGGGAUGGAGUGAAAUAUUUAAGAAGCAGGCUGCAACAGUGUAGCAGAAUGUGAAGAUAUGUGUGUAUUACUUAGAUUUUGAUUUAUAUAUUAAAUAUAAUUAAAAUCCAAAUAUCAGUAGUUUAAACAAGAUAGAAGUCUGUUUCUUUUCCUGUAUAGAAGAAAUCUGGAGACAGACCAUCAGGGAAACUGAUGAAGUCAUCAAAAUCCCAGGCUUUUUUUAUUCCCCCACCCUCAUUGCCUUUAUCCUCAGCACCCAGUGCUGACUACAUCUCCAGUCAUCACAUCCCUGUUUCGGACAGAACAGAGGAAAGGACAACGAAGAGCACAUACACUUUCCUAGGCUAAGGCGGCUUCUCAGAAGGCCCCCUCAACACUUCUUGUAUCUCAUUGGCCAGACCAUAGUCACAUGACCUCACAAGCAAGAAAGGCUGAGAAAUGUAGUCUUUUGGCUGGGCAGCUAUAUUCUAAAUGUUUGCGUUCUGCUAAUUUAAGAGACAAGGAAAUCAUGGCUAUUUUGGUAGGCAAGUAAGAAUCUCUGGCUCACAGUAAUUAUUUAAAUACAUUCAGAUCCAAAACUGCAAAUACAGUUUUAUUUAUGUAUGUAUUUAUCUAUUUAUUUAAGCCUAAAUAUUACACACAGAAUUUAUACAUAGAUAUUAGCUACAUAUACUAUGCAUAAACCACACAUAGAUAUUAGCAACUCAUGUAUGUUGCAAUUAAAUAUCUAUAAUGCCAUGUGGUUUCAGGUUGUUUAGAAAGGAAGAGUGAAUAGUUGAGUACAAUUAUAUCAUAGUAGCAUAGCUUUCUUCCUGGUGAUGAAGGUGGGCCUGGGUGGUGAUGUUUAGUUUAAUGUACAGAUGAAAGACUGCGAAGGGAGGCAUUGCAUCUGUCAGACUUUCCCCCAGCAGGGUCAGCAGCCCUAAGCACAAGAAGACAGUUAGCUUUCUGUGCUUUGUCAAAACUCACUCAGAGCCUCACUCACUCAGAACUUUCUUCUCACAGCAAACACAGUCUUUGCUGUGCUGAAAAGCUUGUGUCUUCGUGGACACUGAGGGUGUAAACCAGAUGGAUCCAGAUUAAUAGAUUCUGAACUUUAAAAGAAAAUAUUCCUGAGGGUCUCUUUCUAAUUUCAAAAAAAUCAAAUCCUAAGAGGUCAAGCAGAUUUUGGAGGUUUGAGUCCUUAUAAGAAUAGCUGGUGCCCUAUUCAUGGUUCAUGUCUCAGGAAGAAGCUGUUGAAAGAACUGCUGUAAAUCAAACCAGGUGGGUCAAGCAAUGCUGUCCCACAGAAGGCCGGGACAUUUGCCUGAUGCAUGGUGCUGAACUCCACCUUCAGAGGAAACCCCUCCUUUUUAAAAAUAACUAUUAUUAGUUUGAAAAAAAAAAAACAACUCUGUCCAACACGUUUGAAGAUAAUGUUGGUGCUCUCUGGUGCUUUUGCAGAGAUAUAAACAAUUGAAAUGAAGACAAAGAGAAUAAAAAUAAAAUCAGAUUAACGUUUGCUCACUUUGUCUCUGAGUUUCUCCAAAAUUGCUUUGAAUGCUACCAUUUUCAGAAAAGGUUGAGCGUGGUGACUAUUUUAUAUAUGUAUAAUGAUCUUAAUAUGGGUCCUUAUGUCUUGAUUCUUCCCAUAGACCACCAAUUUAUGAGGAUUCUGUUUAGCUGGAUUUUUUCCACACAUCACAGAUAUACCUAAGCCUACAUUAGGAAGUUGCAGCCACAUUGUCACAUUUUUUUCAGGGCUUAAGGAAACAAAUGGACAAGGCCAAAAACAGU